CCAGUUUUAGUGGGUUAAUGAGAUUGACUGGUUUUCUGCCAUCCACUGUAUCUCUUUCUCCACUUUCCCAGCAGUGAGAAGACAGAAGGGAUGCCCCUGGCAGCACGAAGACUGAGAGACCCUGACCUCAACCCAUGCUUGUCGGAAUCUGACGCUUCCACCAGAUGCAUGAAUGAAAACAACUACAGCAAAGAAAGGUGCUCUGCUUACUUCCUGAAGUACAAAAACUGCCGAAAAUUCUGGAAUUCUAUCAUGAUCCAAAGAAGACAGAAUGGAGUGAAGCCACCUAUGCCUACAGCUGCUGAGAGAGAUGAAAUCUUGGGAGCCAUGGGGGAAAUGCCUUAUUAAUUAAGUUGCAUUAAACUUAUGUAUAUAACAUAGAA